UGCAUAUGGUGUGUUUUACGUACAUAUCAAACACAACAUAUUUCUCUUCUUCAUUCAUCUUCAUCAAAUCAAACUGGAAGAUAUCAUCUCAUAUUCCUUUCACCACCACCACCAUUCCCAUGGUCUUCUCGAGGCGGCGCCACCACCUUUUUAGCCGUCGGAGGUGGCUAAUCCCCGCCAUCACCGUCGCCUCCAUCUUUCUUCUCCUCUUCGUUUUCCUCUCCAUUCUUGUCCCUUCUCCUAAUGCCAAUCGUCGCGAUUCAUUGGGAGAAAAUGAUGCUGAUAAUGCAAUUGAAGAUUUUGAGUUACCUAUUGAGGAUAAAGAAGGAGUAAAUAAGCGGGAUAUAUGGAGUUCGAGAAAUUCCAACCUCUUUUAUGGAUGUAGUAAUGCUAGUAAGAAAUUUCAAAAAGCUGAGAAUAUAACUCAGCCUAACCGUUACUUGUUGAUUGUAACAACUGGAGGUCUUAACCAGCAAAGAACCGGUAUAACCGAUGCUGUUGUUGCUGCUCGCAUUUUAAAUGCUACUCUUGUUGUUCCAAAGCUGGACAAGAGUUCUUUCUGGAAAGACUCUAGCGUCUUCUCUGAUAUUUUUGAUGUUGAUUGGUUUAUAAAAUAUCUUGCCAAGGAUGUUUCAGUUAUAAAGGAACUUCCACUCAAAAAAGGGCAGGUCUGGGUACCUUCUAGAAUGCAAGUUCCUAGAAAGUGCAGCGAACGUUGCUACAUAAAUCGUGUAUUGCCUGCACUCGACAAGAAACACGCUGUACAGAUCACCAAGUUUGACUAUCGACUUGCAAAUAGGCUGCCUACAGAUUUGCAAAAGCUUAGAUGCAGAGUUAAUUAUCAUGCAUUGGAGUUUGCUGACCCUAUACGUAGACUGGGUGAGAAAUUGGUCCAGCGAAUUAGGACGAGGAGCAAGCAUUUUAUCGCUCUUCACCUAAGGUUUGAACCCGAUAUGCUUGCAUUCUCGGGAUGCUAUUAUGGAGGGGGCGAUAAGGAGAGGGAGGAAUUGGGGAGGAUACGGAAGAAGUGGAAAACUUUACGUGCGAGUAACCCCGAUAAGGCAAGGAGGAACGGAAGAUGCCCUCUGACUCCUGAAGAAGUCGGCUUGAUGCUGAGAUCACUUGGAUAUGACAAAAGUGUUCAUAUAUAUGUAGCAUCCGGUAACAUAUACAGAGGGAAUCAGACAUUGGCUCCAUUGAUGGCCCUAUUUCCAAACUUCUACACAAAGGACACCCUUGCAAGCAAGGAUGAGUUAGCACCAUUUUCUGCAUUUUCUUCGAGAUUGGCUGCUCUCGACUUCAUAGUUUGUGAUGAAAGCGAUGUAUUUGUAGCCAACAACCAUGGAAACAUGGUGAAAAUUCUAGCAGGGAGAAGGAGAUAUUUUGGUCAUAAGCCCACCAUUCGUCCAAACGCUAGGAAACUGUUUCGAUUAUUCUUAAACAGAAACUACAUGACAGAAAAGGAAUUUGUAGAUAGAGUCAAUAAAUGUCAGGCAGGCUUCUUGGGGGAGCCAAAGGAGAUUGGGCCAACCUGGGGUGUCUUUCAUGAAAAUCCAUCUCCAUGUAUAUGUGAGAAAGGAAAUAGUUCUACAAGAGAAAAGAUUCCACAUAGUAUGACGCGGCUAACAAAUACACACUAUGACGCGGAGACACCUGAGGAUCCUGAGGUGGACGUGUUGCUCUCAGAUUAAGAAUGUAUCAAUGACGACAGCUUUUCAAGAAAGUUUUGCUUGAACAUACACCAUUAGUCCCACGAUAUCUGUUGAGCCUUCACCAAAUGCAACAAAAGGGGGUGUGUUACGUUGUAGAUUCAAGUUUUCGUUGAGAGAUUUGCCCUCGAGUUCAUCUUUUAUUAGCUGGCUUUGUUGUUCAGAAUGAUUAGGAUCUCUCAAGAAACUCUAUAGAGCCAGUGAUGAACUAACAUUUUGGCCUAAAGAAGCUUCAACAAUCAUUUGUUCAGCUACUGGAUCAUUUCCAGAAAAACUUUAUAUACACAUGAUACAUAACACAUGCAUGUAAUAUAAUUAUAUCUAUUCACAUUUCUUUUUGUUUGUUUA